AUGAGCGACAACGCAGAAUACAAAGAGGCUUUUGCCCUAUUCGAUAAACGCGGAACAGGAGCUGUACCGAGGGAGGUGCUGGGCGAUCUGUUGCGUGCACUGGGCCAGAACCCCACACAGGCUGAGGUUGCCGAGAUUGUCGCUUCUGCUCCUAGGGAUGUGGACUACAAGACCUUCCUGACGAUCCUCAACCGACCAGAUGGCUUCAAGCCCGCCGGAACGCCAGAGGAAUUCAUCCGCGGCUUCCAAGUCUUCGACAAAGAAGGCAACGGCUUCAUCGGUGCUGGUGAACUGCGCUACGUCCUUACGCAGCUUGGAGAGAAGAUGACGGAUGAGGAGGUGGAUGAGUUGUUGAAGGGUGUGCAGAUUGGAGCCGACGGAAACGUCAACUAUGAAUCGUUUGUUCGUACGAUCCUCUCGCAGUAG